UUCCAGCGGUUUCGGAUUGGUACCUGUUACGACUGGUUUCGCCCCCAACUUCCGUGUUUGGUUUAUUCCGCCGGUCUGAUUCUGAACCGUAGCUUUUCGACCCACUUCUGCACCUCGAUUUCUGUUUCUGGAUUUUGUUUCUUAGCCCGUUUGUUUUCGACCCUUCGCCUGCGACUACGACUACUCUUUGGAUUGCUCCUGAUACACCGGUUUGCUGGAAUUCUGACCUAUUGCCUGGACUAUCUAUUACGAACUGCCUGAUGCUUGUCUGUUUGCUGACUUCUGACCCUCGCAUGUCUGACCUGCAACUUUAUGAUAAAGACUCGUAUUAUAAAGAAUCCUCCGUCUUGGUCUCGCAUUCGGGUCCCCCGUUCUGCGUGCCUUAUCGUGGUAGGCUAUGUGCUAUAUUAAAUUGAACAUUCGGUUUUAACCCUUAUCUUACAAUGUCAUUGGUUUCCUCCGUGACCUUUAUGUUCCCUGAUCAAAUACCAGAUAAGUGAUUAUAAAGAGGGCAUGCAUAUCGAAUAACUGGGAAUCCAGAGAAGUGCCUAUUGAACUUGUAUUUCAUGUUAAAUCUGGUGACUAAUAAAAUGCCCAUACGUUUUUGAACUUCUGAGCGAAGUCCCCGUUCUCUGUUUACUUUCUCUGUUGGGUAAACAGAAUUGACGACCAGGAUGUGAAUUCCUAAUUAAUGCGAGAACAAGAUACUUUGCUAGCUGAGUGAUUAAAAAACAAAAUGGCGUCUUUCGGACAGACGAUUUUCACUUUGGGGAAAGUGAAGAAACCUUUGAAGCUUAUGAUGGCAGGCUGGAACCGUUUUUUUCAGGAAAAUGGUCUGAUGGAAGACGUCAAAAAGAAGUCUGUUUUUCUGACUUUUGUGGGACGGAAACCCCGCGGAGUUCUCAUGGACUUGUGUGCACCUGAUAAGCCAAGCGGGAAGACGUGUAAAGAAGUAAUGGACGCGCUAAGGCGGUUUUAUGUUCCCAAAACAAAUUUUAUUGCCGAACGGUGGAAAUGUCAUACUCGAAACCAAAUGGAAGUCAUGUUCUCAGUGUCACCCACCUCUCAGUUGAACAAGGUUCAGCUGCAGCACUACCUCUCCCUGCCCCAGCGUGGCCUGUGUCAGGUGACCUACGUCUGGGUUGAUGGCAACAGAGAAGGUCUGCGCUGCAAGACUCGAACACUGGAUAGUGAGCCCAGCAGCAUUGAGGAUAUCCCAGAGUGGGAUUUUGCUGGCACCGCCACAUACCAAUCAAAGGACUCUAACAGUGACAUGUACCUGAUCCCUGUGCGUAUGUUCCGGGACCCCUUCACCCGUGACCCCAACAAGCUGGUCCUCUGUGAGGUGCUGAAGUACAACCGCAAGCCCGCAGAGCAAAACACACGAUUCACCUGCAAUAAAGCGAUGGAGGCAGCACAGCAUUUUCAGCCUUGGUUUGGGAUGGAACAAGAGUACAUCCUGCAAGGCAUGGACGGACGCCCCUUCACCUGGCCCCUGGGGGGGUUCCCAAGACCCCAGGGCCCAUACUUCUGCGGAGUGGGCGCGGACUGGGCGUUUGGCCGAGACAUCGCGAUGAGUCACUACAAAGCCUGCAUGUACGCUGGAGUGAAGAUCUACGGUACCAACGGUGAAUGCAUGCCCUCCCAGUGGGAGUUCCAGGUGGGCACGUGUGAAGGUAUAGAGAUGCCGGACCACUUGUGGAUGGCUCGCUUCCUGCUGCACCGUGUGUGUGAAGAUUUUGGGGUGAUCGCAAACCUGGACCCCAAACCCAUGCAGGGAGACUGGAGUGGGUCUGGUUGCCAUACCAACUUCAGUACAGAGGCCAUGAGAGAAGAGGGAGGGAUGAAACACAUAGAAGACGCCAUUGAGAAGCUGGAAAAGCGCCAUGCCCACCACAUCCGCUGCUAUGACAUGCACGGUGGUGAGGACAACAAGCGCAGGUUGACGGGCGCCCACGAGACUGCCAGUAUCGACCAAUUCUCCGCGGGCACCGCAAAUAGAGUUGCCAGCAUCCGUAUCCCACGUUGCAUGGACAAGGACGGCCGGAGUUAUUUUGAGGACCGCCGCCCUGCUGCCAACUGCGACCCCUACGUAGUGACAGAGGCCAUCAUCCGUACCUGUCUGCUGGGUGAGAUUGACUGA